AAAACUUGUCUCCUUUUGUUCCCCUAAUGUUUCAGUCCUAUAAAGUCUGCCAUGCAGCGAAACAUCAGUUCUCCAACUUAACCAUGGACGAGGCCUACAUUGUCAUCCUCUCCUUCGUCUUCCUCUUCCUAGCACACCAAGUCCUAGUCCGCGCCAGCAGCAAGAACAAUGGCAGGAGCAAGAGAAUGCGGCUACCGCCGAGCCCUCCGGGCGCCAUCCCCUUCCUCGGCCACCUGCACCUCGUCGAGAAGCCGUACCACGCCGCACUGUCCCGACUCGCCGAGCGCCACGGGCCGAUCUUCUCCCUGCGCCUCGGCUCACGCGACGCCGUGGUCGUGACGUCCCCGGCGUUCGCCAGGGAGUGCUUCACGGAGCACGACGUCACCUUCGCCAACCGACCGCUUCUACCCUCGCAGAUGCUCGUGACCUUCGACGGCGCCGCGCUCGGCACGGCCAGCUACGGCCCGCACUGGCGCAACCUCCGCCGCAUCGUCGCGGUGCACCUCCUCUCCGCGCACCGCGUCAGCUGCAUGUCGGGCGUCAUCUACGCCGAGGUGCGCGCCAUGGUGCGGCAGAUGUACCGCGCGACGACCGCGGCCCCCGGAGGCGCCGCACGGAUCGAGCUGAAGCGUGGGUUGUUCGAGCUCUCCCUCAGCGUCCUCAUGGAGACCAUCGCGCAGACCAAGGCAACACGCCCGGAGUCGGACGCGGACACCGACAUGUCAGUGGAAGCCCAGGAGUUCAAGCAGGUGAUUGACGAGAUCUUCCCGCAUGUUGGCUCGGUCUUGUGGGACUACCUGCCGGUGCUUCGGUGGUUCGACGUGUUCGGCGUGAGGAACAAGAUCUUGGCCGCGGUGAGGACAAGGGACGCGGUCCUGCGGCGCCUCAUCGACGCGGUGCGGCGGAGGCUGGACGACAGCUGCGAGAGCGAGAAGAAGAGCAUGAUCGCCGUGCUGCUCACCCUGCAACAGACAGAGCCGGAGGUCUACACUGACACCAUGAUGGCGGCGCUUUGUUCGAACUUACUUGGAGCUGGAGCAGAGACAACAUCAAGCACAAUAGAAUGGGCAAUGUCGCUUCUGCUGAACCACCCGGAGACGCUCAAGAAGGCGCAUGCAGAAAUCGAUGCGGCCGUCGGGACCUCCCGCUUGGUCACCGCGGACGACAUUCCUCGCCUCGGCUACCUCAAGUGCAUCGUCAGCGAAACCUUCCGCCUCUACCCCGUCGCGCCGCUGCUGCUCCCGCACGAGUCAUCCGCGGACUGCGAGGUCGGAGGCUACCACGUCCCACGCGGCACGGCGCUGCUGGUGAACGCAUACGCGAUCCACAGGGACCCGGGGGUGUGGGAGGAGCCGGACGAGUUCGUGCCGGAGCGGUUCGAGGGCGGGAGAGCCGAGGGAUUAUUCUUGGCGCCCUUUGGGAUGGGGAGGCGGAAGUGUCCCGGAGAGGCGCUUGCGUUGCAGACUAUUGGGGUGGUUCUGGGAACGCUGAUCCAGUGCUUCCACUGGAGCAGAGUUGGUGUGGAGGUCGACAUGAGCGAAGGCAGUGGACUGACUAUGCCAAAAGCUGUUCCGUUGGAGGCACUGUGUAGACCGCGUGCAGCUAUGCAUGACGUUCUCCAGAAGCUCUGAUAGAACAUCUCGGUUAACGGUGUG